AUGUUUUUUAAAAAUAUUUUUUAUCCCUUAGAAAAAUGCAGAUCCUGCUAUUGUAGCAUUGACUAUUGUGAAUUUGUUGACUCCGGAUUUAUCGGAAUCAUAGCCGGCACGACUAUUGGCGGUCUUGUAUUGGUUGCUCUCAUUGUGACUGCCGUGGUCUGUAUAAUCAGGAGGGUCCGAAGAACUAGGCAGAGUAACAGGGAGAGACCAACAACACAAGAGGCAUCUAUCAACAUCACUCAAUUCAACAAUAAUAAUACUAGUGAUCACACAAGCAGUGAAGGUGAUCCAUCUGUGAUUGACUUGACCGUGUUUGCCGGGAUUGAUGUCCUUCCACUGGUCUUAGCAAACCUGGCCAACUUGGAUCCCCGACCUGGUGUGGGCGAUCCGACAACAUUUGUAAGAAGUUCUGGCAACUGGCCAAGGAUGUUCAUGCCCAACAAGCAAGGUAUAUUUGACACAUUUGUCUCUGGGUUGUGUUUCGUGACGAAAACCCCAACCUGCUUCAACCUGUGUCCUGCCACCACCACAUCUGCCAGAAAAUAG